AUGUCAUCUAUUGAUUUUAGAAAGGUUGUUCAGGUGACUAUGGAUUUGAUCAACCAGUAUGAAGGGAAUAAGAAGAUCUUUAAAGAAGAUGAAAUAAAACAAAAGAAAAUGAAGAAGCUUGGUGAGCAAUAUCAAUUGACUAACAAGUCCUCUACAGUUGAAGCUUCAAAGAAAACAGCUAGUUUUAUGAAGACUGAAGAAUCUGAAUCAAAAGCUAAAGUCAAGAGCUCUGACAGCACCAAUAUUGAAGCUGCUAUUGAAAAGAUGACCAACAAGUUCACAAAUUUGGCAUUGGUUAUAAGAGUACAAUCAAAUCAGAUACAAGGGAAUUUCAAUCAGUAUUAUAUGCUGCAGAGAGAAGAAUCUCCAAAACCUAUACCAAAUUAUCCAACAAAUAUGACUGUUAAUUCUACAACUGUACAAGAGAAUACUCAACUGCCAGUCAAUCUCUAUUUGGCUCAAAAUAGCUCUUCUAUGACAGACUAUAGUAGUGCUCAUGAACAAGAAGAAGCUCAAACUGGAGGAAUUUCAACACAUCUCUCAUACUUCUACUGUGGAAAACCUGAACAUCAUCAAUCUCAGUGUUAUGAAUACCAAUCUGAUAUAAGUAAUGAAUACUGCCAUAUUAAUGACAAAGAGAACUUACACAUGGACUCUAAGGGUCAAAACUAUCAAGUUAUUACUUCUAAACCUGGAAUCCUGAACAUGUAUAUUAUACAGUCUAUAAGAGAGAAUGAAUGGGUGAUUCCAGAGUCAACAAGCUCUAAAAAGAAGAUCAAUCAGCAAGAAGAGACAUCUCCUACAAAUUCAACCAGUGUAAAGAUUCAAGCAGGACAGCUUGCAUAUCUAAUAUCUGAUGAAGAAUCUGAUUCAGAUAAGAAAUAUAAACCAUUAAAAGAAAGAACAUCAGUUAAUGUUGGAACAGUUGAAGAAGCUAAGAACAAUCAAAAAGCUAAGAUUGCAACACCCCAUACUCAGCAUACUAGAUAA